AUGCUAAAUAUUUUACAAUCAGAAAAGCAGCUCUUAGUUGAAAAAACGGAACAUAUGCAUUCCGAGAUUAAAGCUAUGCUCAAAUCACACGCCGAAGAUGUGGUAUCUGCUAUUUCCAUGCUCACAAAAGAAGUUAAAGGACUCCGACGCAUUGCAUGCUCUUGCAAGUGUGCUAAUAAAAAUGUGAAAAGUGCAUCAAAACAAUUGUCUCCUAAGUCUGCCGUUAAUUUGCCAUCUACCGCUUCUUCGCCUUCUCUUCAAAUAAAUCCUUUCCCAGCUGUCGAAGAGGGAAAUAAAUCAAAUCAACUCUUACAAACAGCUCAGCCAAUCGAGCAACGCAAUUCCAACAAAGUGUCGUGUUCAGCAACGGUGGUGGAUUCUGCUGCGGCUGUGACUGCAUCCUACGCCGACGUAGCUAAAUCAAUUUCACAUCCCGAACAAAAUGCCUCUGCUGCGGAUGCCUCUGCAUCUGCUGCUACCUCUGCUAACUCUGCGUCCGCUCAUUCGAAUAAGCCAAAAGUGAAAGCGCUUACUCGUAGAAUCGCUGUUGGGUCGAGCUCAAAUGAUGAAUUAAAUAUUGCGCAUAGAAUGAAAUGGUUACACUUAUCUUCAUUUAAGCCAUCUGUAACAGCAAAUAAUAUUAUCGCCUACGUAUCUAAGCAUUCAUCUAUUAGUUCCGAAAUGAUAUCUUGCUAUAGCCUUGUAAAGAAGGAUGUGGCUGUUGAUUCUCUAAAGCGAGUGAACUUUAAACUAGGGGUCUUCUCAAAUCAUUAUGACAGCUUACUAAAUUCAGAGCUCUGGCCAGCUGGCGUAAAAGUACGCCCUUUCAAGUUUUUUCAAGAGCGAGUAAACAAAGAAGUGACUACUUAG